UGUCCUUGUAUCUCAGUGACAGGUUUGGAUAUUGUGAGAAUUUAUUAUGUCUAAGACUGCGCCAUUCUUUUGUCAGUUGCACAGUAAGCUACCGUAGUAGAAAGACAUUACAGUUUCUUAGACUCCAAGUGAAUGUAUAUCAUGGAGUAUUACUCGCGGUUCUUCACAUUGAUACUUUGCUACAAUGAGCGGCGGAAGAGAACGAACAAGUGCAUAAGAAAGUUACUUCAGAAAGGACUGUUUACGGUCACUAUAUGCAGGUUAGAGCCCUGUAGAUGGCAAGCAAUGAUCAUAAACAACGAUUAGGACGUGC